GCAUCCGAACAGGUUUAAUUGUCGCGAUUUCUCUUCCGUUUCCCACCGAUUUCUCGGCUUCUCGAAUGAUCUCCAAACCAAAGGCUGAAAACCCGAUGUCGGAUUCCACCUCCCACGGUCGUGGCUCAACUCCGGACGGUGAAUUUUCCGACAACUCCAGUCACAAGCGAGGUCAUGACGAGGUCGAGGAUGAAACCGGUUUCUUGUUCGGCAAGAGACCAAAGAUUGAGCCCUCCUCUCCCGGAAAUUCAACUUCCGACGGGAGGAUUCCCGUCUUGCAAGCUUUGCCGGUGACGAUAUCGAGACCCGAGCCGCGAAGGCGUUGCAAACAGUUCUGGAAAGUUGGAGACUAUGAGGAAGGGCUUGCUGAUGAUUAUGACACAAAUUUUGUUGGAAGUGAUAGGGUUAGGGUUCAUCCCAAGUUUUUGCAUUCGAACGCAACUUCUCAUAAGUGGGCUCUUGGAGCGGCGGCUGAACUUCUUGAUAAUUCUUUGGACGAGGUUUCUAAUGGAGCUACUUACGUUCAUGUCGAUUCCACAAUAAACCAGAGAGACAAAACCCACAUGCUUAUAAUCGAAGACAACGGAGGUGGAAUGAAUCCGACUAGGGUUCGGCAGUGCAUGUCAUUCGGGUAUUCAGGAAAACGCAAGCAGGCAAACACAAUCGGCCAAUACGGGAACGGUCUAAAGACUAGUACCAUGAGGCUUGGUGCAGAUGCAAUCGUGUUUUCUCGUUGCCGAGGAAAUGAUGGCAGAAAUUCGACACAAAGCAUAGCGAUGUUGUCAUCUACGUAUCUACGAGAGACAAGACAGGAGGACAUAGUUGUUCCUCUGAUCGAUUUCGAGAGGAUCGGGAACAAAUGGAACGAGACGAUACACACUACGCUCGACGAUUGGAACGAUCGUUUACGAACUAUCAUCGAUUGGUCGCCGUAUUUCAGCCGUGCGGAUUUACUCAAACAGUUUGAUUUUCUAAACGAGCAAGGAACUCGGAUUGUGAUAUACAAUCUGUGGGAGGACGAUCAAGAGCGAUUGGAGCUAGAUUUCGAUACCGAUCCUUAUGAUAUCCAACUUAGGGGCGUGAACAGGGACCCGAAAAGCAUAGAGAUGGCGAAGAAGUAUCCAAACUCUCGGCAUUUCCUUACAUAUCGGCAUUCUUUACGGAGCUACGCUUCAAUCCUUUAUCUGAGACUUCCUCGAAGCUUCAAGAUCAUUCUGCGUGGCAAAGAUGUUGAACAUCACGACAUAACCGACGACAUGAUGCUUGUCCAGGAGCUGAUGUACAAACCCGUGUUGAAUCCGAACGAAGCGCCCAACAAAACCGUAGUUGCUUCUAUAAAGCUCGGAUUCGUGAAAGACGCUCACAAUCAUAUCGAUAUACAAGGUUUCAACGUUUACCACAAGAACCGUCUUAUCAAGCCGUUUUGGAGGGUAUGGAACGCUGCGGGGAGCGAUGGACGAGGCGUUAUAGGUGUGUUGGAGGCGAAUUUCGUAGAACCGGCUCACGAUAAACAAGGGUUCGAACGUACGACCGUGCUUUCGAGAUUGGAAAACCGUUUGAUCACGUAUCAGAAAUCAUAUUGGUCGAGCAAGUGCCACCAGAUCGGGUAUGCCCCGAGGCGUAACUUGCGGAAACCCGAAGCUGACGUCGAGGAAAUCACUCCCCGAAAAAAGAAGGCUUCUUCUACUUGUUGCGGAAAAUCGAAAGUAGAAGAUAACAAGAAGGGUUCACGAGUGGUAGACGAGCCCGUUGAAGUCGUAAACAGCGAGACGAGAGGCUCUGAAACGCUCGGAAGAAACCAAUUGUUCAGAUUUCCGCCAUCUAAAGAGAAACAGGUUGAUCGGAAAGAAGGUUGCCUUGUCACGAAAGCUCGGGAUUUAGCGGAAGAGAAGAGCCCGGAUCGAGUUCCGUUGAAAAGAUCCGAGGAAACAGACUUGGCUAACCUUGUAACUGAAUUGCGGCGAGAAAAACAGUCGCUUCAGACGCAACUGGACGAGGCCAAGGCGAAGAACGAGGAGAUGGAAAGGGAAACCAUUGCUUUGAUCGAUAUCUUUCAACGAGAUAGAAGCCGCCGAGACAUCACUGAAAAUAGCUUGAGGACGAAACUGAAGGAAGCUUCUGUAACAAUUGCUGAUCUGAUCGACAAAGUGAAGAGACUUGAAGCUGCAAGACCAAACACUUGAAAGCAUAGAUCUUCAAAUGUAGAGAAAUGUAAUUUUGUUACAUCUUCAUUUACACUUGAAAGUAAU